ACGCGGGCUGGGCUAUAAAUUCAGCUAACUUGGAUGCAAAAUUAUCAGUUUGGUUUGUUUCAGCGUUCCAAUAAGACCUACAAGAUGAAAUCCUCAAUUUCUUUAAUGUGCUUUGCACUGAUCCUUAUCAGUCCUUUGUGCUUGGGAUACACUGACGAAGAACGUGAUGCUGACGGCCGUAGAGUUGCUGAGAUUAUACGAACCUCUCAGGACGACGAUUCCAAAAUCAAUAAUACCCAGGAAUUACUUGACAUAUAUAGACGUUUAUAUCCUAGAGUGACACUGGAAGAUAGGGAUGUAAUCGACAGGUAUAUCAAAGAACAUACCGAUGAAAUACUAAUCGAUGGAGUUCCGAGUCAAGGCGGUCGGAAAAGCAAGUACGUUGGAAAAGUCUUGACUCCAGUUGCGAAGGACGUGGCUUCUGGAUUCUUUCAAGAACUCGGUGCAAAAAUUGCUCGUUUAUUCUCUUGGUAAACUGCAUUAGGUAUAUAUGCAAGUUUACUUUCUAAAAUUGUUAUAUUUUUCUAAACCAAAAUAUGUAAUUCCAAAACUUUAAUAGUUGUGUAUGAAAUGUUCAACAUAUAAAUUCAAAUAAAAUUGUUUAGCAAUAA